AGUUUUCGAUUGAAGACUUCUUCAAGAUCCAACAAAUAUGAAGACUGCUGCCACUUUUCUGGCUCUCUGCUUCUUAGGCUACAGUUAUAUUUCGUUAGGAAGCUGUGUGGAGGAUGUUUACGAAUAUUUGUGGCAAAAGAAUAAAGACCUCGCCGUGCAGACGCUCAAUCUGGACUUUCUGAGGCAAAUGGAAAGCGGCAGCCUGCAGGCGGAGCGAUACGUCAACUUCACCAUUCAAGACAUCGGUUACGUGCUGGCAGUCACCAAGAUGCUAAAGAGAAUGAGCGCCGAAGUCUCUCAGCCUGACGACAUCAGGGACUUCAUGAAAGGGAGAUUCGCCAGCUACAAAAGCUUUGGAGAACUCUUGCUGAACAUGUAUUUUUUCAAGGCCGAGCCUCCAAUUCAGCGAAUUCCAGCCUUGAGAAAUUAUCUCUUGUACUACAGAUAUCUGAUGCUUGAAGAACCGAUAUACUUUGUGGUGGGUCUUCUUCCAUGUGCUAGACUCUGGGUUUGGUUGGCUAAUAAUCUCAACAUUCCUCCAACCAAUGCCUACUUCACCUGGAAGGUGGACAACAUGGGUGGCCAUCCUGAGAAACACUAUAAAGCUCUACUGAACAAGUAUUUGAACACAGCUGAUAAAGUGGCGAAGGCUAAUGCUGUGUUUCGUGACCAGAUGCAGAACGAGUAUAAGUUCUUCUUAACUUUUUAAAUGGCUGCUAUGGUUUGCAAAUGAUUAAAAAUGAUUGUGCAUUUGAUUUUGAUUUUGUCAAGACCAUGCAGUCAAUAUAUUAAUCAUUAAUUUUAUAUUUUAAGUAAGUAGCCUUCUAAUACUUUCUGGAAGUACACCUUUAAUCAUGAAAAAAUGUUCAGUGUCUGUUGUAGUCACCAAUGGCAAUAAAAAUAAAUACUCAAAUA